AUGUGGGAAAUACAUGCUUACUUAUUGAAUAUCUCUGUAACACUAUCUAUAUGUAUACAUAAUAUUUUAAUGUUAUACGAUACAGUGUAUAAUUUGCCAAUAAAAUUAAUUUCACGAGAAUUAAAUAUUGAAAUGGAUGCAGUGUAUCGUUUAAAAAGUUAUCUAUUUACAAAAUUACCAUUAUUCUCUGGUGGUUCAUUAAUAUGUACCUUUUAUUGGAUAGUUGUUUUAAUUAAUCGACCAAAAUCUAAUGAUUUAAAUGAUGAUGAUGAUGAUGAAGAUGAUGAUGAAGAUGAUGAUGAUGAUGAUGAUGACGAUGAUGAUGAUGAUGAUGACGAUGAUGAGUAUAAUCAUUAUUAUAAAAAUAAAAAUAAAAAUAAUAAAAAUAAUAAUAAUAAUAAUUAUAAUAAAAAUAAUAAUAAUAAUAAUAAUGAUAAUAAUAAUGGUAAAAUCAAUCAAAAUAUGAACAAUUUUUUAACAAGUUUUUGGAAUUUAUUUAUUCUACCUUAUACACUGUUUGCAUUACUCUUGAGUAUUUAUGCAAUGAUAGUAAUGACUGAUGAAAUAGGAUUUUUAAAAGAAGAUAUUUUAAAUUAUAUGUAUAAAGUAUUUGAUGAAAUUGUAUCAAAAAAUACUACAGUUGAACGAACAGAUAAACUUAUUGAUCAUUUAGAACGAUUACAAUUUGCAUUUACUUGUAAUGGGAUUGUACUUGAAUUAUACUAUCGAUUAUUAGACAAAUAUUCUUUACCAGUACAAUAUUUGAAAAUUUUCUAUCAUAGUCAUAAUCAUACUCAUAAUAGUUCGUCAUUUUAUCCAUGGAAUUUUACAGAACAAAUUGAAUAUUUAUUAUUAAAUAGUUCUGGACAUGAUCAAACUAUACAUAAUCAUUUGCAUAGAUUACAUCCACUACAGCAUUGGAAAAUGAAUCAAGAAGCGCCGGAAAUGAAUUAUUUCGAUUUUGAUUGUACCAAAUCGAUUACUUUACAAUUAACUAGUGAAUUAAACGCUAUGGUAUGGAUGUAUUGCAGUGUUAAUAUUGGUUUACAUCUAGUACAAUUAUUUAUUCGUGUCAAUACAACUGAAAGUGUACCAGAUAGUAUACGAUUUAAAAAAUGGUCAUUAAGUAUGACUAGAUUUUUACAAUUAAGACGAAUUUAUCAACAUUUAAAAGAUUCUCUAAUCUAUGGAUCAUAUGGUUAUGUAUCUGAUUGGAAUUUAUUAAAAGCAUAUCAAAAUCUUGAAUUAUAUUUUGAAUCAAUAAAAGAAUAUUUGGAAUAUUUGAAUAAUACCACGACGAAUAUGAUUGUUAGUAAUAUACCACCAUUGUAUAAAUCAGUGGAUAAAUUAUUGAAACAACAACCUAGUCGUGGUGUAAUGAAGAAAUCAAAAUCUCAUGAUGAUAAAUCACCGAGUGAACAUCAUUCAAAAAUGGAUCGAUUUCGAAAAGUAUGGCAAAAAUGUGUAUCAGUGUUACACAUCAUAGUAUAUAAUGAUAUAAUGGAGACAGUGGACAUUGAUUUCAAUCUUAUAUACAUACAUCGUUUGAUAUCAAUUCUACGUCCAGUAUUUUUUCUAUGUUUAGGUUAUAUAUUGAGUAGAAUAUACAUUCUUGUGAUUAAUCAUAUUCCAUAUAGAAGAGUUAACAUUGAAUAUCAUCAACAACAUGCUGCUGCUUUAAUUGCAUAUGAUGCUAGUUAUACAAAUAAUUUCAAUGUUAAUUCUAAAUUUAUCAAUGAAGCAUAUGCAGUAAUUUAUGCUAUUGAAGAACAUACUGAUUUAUUUUUACGUAUUACCAUUAUGAUUGGUGUGCUGAUCUCAUCACGUGUACGAUGUUUAUUAUUAAUUGUAAUACCGACAUUAGGAUUAACAGGUGGUAGUAUGUUUAUAGCUAAUCAAUUGAUACAUAUGUCAUUAGUUGGACCAAUGACAUCGAUUGAUUAUAAUAUGGAUAAAUUGAUUACUGCUUUAAGGUGUAUCGGUGAAAGAGCACGUAAAAUUUCUUAUGGUCCAGAAAGUUCCAGUCCAUUGGAAUGUAUAAUAUAUGAAGUGAAAAAUCCAUCAACUGGAUUAAUGCUGUCUAGAGAUUUUGUCGACAAUCCACCAAUCUCACCUGAAAUAGUAAGAUUAAUCAAUGAAGUCAGUGAGAAUAUGAGUAUGUUAAUUACAGAUUAUCAAAGUGUUCUACCAGAAUUAGAUUUAUUGUUUGAUGAAUAUAGAUAUUUGUCUAAAAAUUUCGAUCAAUAUUAUUCUAGAACUGUCGAUUGGUCAAUACGAUUUCACGCUGAAGCAAAACGAUUAACUAAAGAAGUUAAAAACCGAUUCGAUCAUAGAAUUCGAUCUUAUGAACAAGAGAUCAAUCAGUAUUUAUCAACUGUCGUUAAAAAUUCAGACUAUAAUUAUUCAAAUAUUUUUAUUAAAAAAGAUCAUUUACGUUUAGAAUAUGAAAUGAUUAAUUAUUUGUUAAAUGCAUGCAUUUUAUUACGUGAACGAUUAUUCACUGUGUGUACUCAAAUAGCUAAUAUAGUUUGUAAUCGUUUAAUUAAUGAACCUACAUUAGUUGGUGAUUGGAUAAGAGAUUUAUGCGCACAAUAUCAUCAGAGAGAAGAAUUUUGUGAAUUUUUUCAUAGACUUGAUGAAUUAAAAGAUGUCUGUGUAUGGGAUACACAUCAUUUACAAUUAGAUUUUGGUUUUAGUGUUUAUGUAUAUCAUAUUUAUAAAAUAUUACCUCUAUUAAAUCGUACAUUAAAAAUGGAAUUGAAAAAAAAUUAUGAAUUAAUUCAAUGGACUGAAGAUGAAUACAUUAGUGAAUUACAUUAUCAAGAAAAAUUUCAAAUAUUAUUAAAUUUAUUUAUUAUAGCUACAACAAUAUUUAAAUUAGCUUUUUUAGUGAUCAUUAUUCGUGCCGAUCGAUAUAUUUCUCAAUUUCUAUUGGAUAUUCAUUUUGAUAAUGUUCAUUAUGAGUCAACACUUUCAUUGAUUAUCAAAAAUCGUAUUCAUAAUGAUAAUGAUGAUGGUGGUAUUAUGAGUCAUGAAAAUGAUAACAAACAUUUUCGAUUAUUACGAUUUAAUGAAUUAUGUUUAAUAUCAUUUGAUUUAAUUAGUUAUAUUAUAAUACAUAUUAAAAAUAAUUUUUAUAAUUUUAUUACAGUUGUUGGUUUUGGUUCAUUAUUAUUUAGUAUAGUAUAUUCAGAUAUACAAUUUUACAAUUUAAUCUAUGCAUUAGAUACAGCUGUAUUGAAUUAUACAAAAACAUUUAAUGAAAUCCAAAUACAUCAUAAUAUAACUUAUGCUAAUGAAACAAUAGAAAGUCAUGAUACAUUUGUAAAAUUAAUUCAAUAUGGUUUAAUAGAAGAGAUUAAAAAAGAAAUAUUAGAUAGUGUUAAACGAAUAAAAUCAAAACAUUUAGAUUGUGAUAUAAAUGAUUGUUUAGCAAAUGGUUUUGAAGCUGAUUUUACAUAUCCUAUACAUUUUUCAAUAUUAUGGAUAUUAUUAAUGACACUUACAAUUGCAUCGAGUAGUUUAUUGAGUAUACGUCGUAUUAUUGUUAGUUUAUUUUAUCCACAAUUAGCUAAACGUCGUAAAUUAGCUGCUUAUCAUAAACAUGUUGAAAUGUUAACUGCUAAUGUACAACAAGUAUCAUCAUCAUCACCAACUAGAUCAUCAACAUCAUCAUCAGCGCAUCAUCGUCAUCCUCAUCAUCAUCAUCAUCAUCACCAUCACCAUCCUCAUCACCAUCAUCCUCAUCAUCAUCAUCGUCAUCAUCGUAAUCUAUUACUUAAUCGUCUUCGUCGAAAACAUCAACAAACCAGAAAAAAUGAAUCGGACAAAAAUAUAUCACUUUGGCAUAGAAUAGGUGUGGAACUUGUCUGUCUACUUGGUUUCGAUGAAAAUGUUUGCUUUGUAUGUGAUGGUCAAGUUCCGUCGAAUCCGAAACAUUAGACAUCUAUCUAUCUAUCUAUCUAUCUAUCUAUCUAUCUAUCU